ACUAUCUAAUGAAAAUGUUGCUGCACCAAGUCUACUUUUUGUUAUUGGCAGCAUUUUUUAUAAAUCACGUUUAUGGUAAUACCUGCAGUCAAAAAACCACAACCUAUGGAUAUGUCUGUGUUUGUAACUCAACGUAUUGCGAUACUGUACCUCAAAUAUACGUAAAGGAAGGAACAUAUCAACAAUAUACUACAACGUCACAAACGUUGGGUUUCUCGACUUCAAAUGGACAAAUUAAAUCCGUCAGUGAAGGUUAUUCUAUAUAUAAAAUAGACCUGACGAAUUCCCAGCCCAAGCAAACUGUUUUUGGGUUUGGUGGUGCUUUUACAGGUUCUACAGGUUUCAAUAUAAAUAGUCUUCCUUCAACAGCACAAGACAAUUUGCUGGAAAGCUAUUUUGCUGCUGAUGGUAUUGAGUAUACCUUAUGUAGAGUUCCUAUUGGAGGCACUGACUUUUCUUUGACAAAGUACACAUAUGAUGAUAAUCAUGCGGGUGAUGUUGAUUUAAAAUACUUUGCCUUGCAGGAUGAAGACUUGCUAUAUAAGAUACCAUAUAUAAUAAAGGCUAAUGAGUUAUCAAAUAACAAUCUAGAACUAAUUGCCAGUGUUUGGACAGCCCCUCCAUGGAUGAAAACCAAUAAUGACUAUGCUGGAAUUGGUUUUUUGAAGAUAGAGUACUACCAAACAUGGGCGAAUUAUUUUGUAAAAUUCUUCGAAGAAUACGCCAAAAAGGGGAUUAAAUUUUGGGGUUUAACCACACAAAACGAACCUCUUAUUGGCUUACUACCGACGUUUAUAUCAGAAAUAAACGCUAUGGGAUACACUAACCUACAAAUGAACCUAUGGCUAUCCAGACAUCUAGGUCCAACUCUAAAAAAUUCAUCAUUCAACAAUUUAAAAAUCAUGGUCCACGACGACGUCUCAGUUACGCUACCAUUGUUGCCAGAAAUUUUGGAAAAUCCUCUAUCGAUGCAAUAUGUGGAUGGCGUUGCAUUGCAUUUCUAUACUAACCACCUUACCCCAAGUGAAUUUCUUCUGUUCACAAAAUCCACGUUAAAGGAGUUAUUCCUGCUUGGGACUGAAGCUUGCAAUGGUGAGCCCUUGGAGUUGGGUAGUUGGGCUAGAGCUGAAAGAUACAUCAAGGAUAUCAUUACAGAUUUCGCCUAUGGAGCCAGUGGUUGGGUGGACUGGAAUAUGGUUCUCGACCAAUCAGGUGGGCCCUGUGUAAUCGAUAACAAAGUUGAUUCGCCGGUUAUAGCGAACAGUGCAGCCGGUGAAUUUUAUAAACAACCCAUGUUCUACGCGAUGGGCCAUUUCUCCAAAUUCUUAAGACCAAAAUCUCAAGUCUUAGAUGUUCAAAAUGGGUUGAUUAAAAGUGUAGCAGUAUUAAGACCUGAUGGGUUACAUGCAGUCCUUCUUUUUAAUGAGGAUCAAUAUUCUAAGAACGUUGAAAUUAAAUCAAAUAAAGGUGUUAUCAACGUCGAAAUCCAAAAACAAUCCAUUAACACAAUACUAUUUUGAAAUGUGAAUUAUUAGUACGUAAAUAAAAAUAUUUCAUGUUAUUAAAU